AUGCCAUACACUGCAUUCUUCUACAUGUUACUUGGUGGACGUGAGCCAUGGACUUUCAGAAACACAGUGGAUGACUGGCUGCAGACCGAUUCAGCAUGGCGAUCGGAGCCGAUCGAAUAUCCGAAAUCUGAUGGCAAGGUGACUUUUGACAUUCUCUCAUCUGUAGCACUUACUGGUACCAAUCAUGAAGAAGAUCAACCAUCUCAUUUGCUGCUAAGGAACGAUGCUGAUGCCGAACAAACUUCGUGGCGAAGAUUUGCUGGCAUUACUGAACGAUACUGCCCAGCAGGUGGGGAAUUUUUUUAG